AUGUCAUCAGGAGGUGGAAGGAACAGGAAGCCGGCAGUUAAGGUGGUGAUAAUCAACACGCAGUACAUUGAGACAGACUCCACGAGUUUUAAGUCUGUGGUGCAGAGACUUACUGGUAAAGAUGCCAUUGUAGAAGAGAACCCGCAGCCAGCAGCAGUAGUUUGUGACAAACAAAUGAGCAGUGGUGGCGGAAUAGCCCGUAAUAAUUCUGUUUUGUUGCGAGGGAUGUCGUUCAAAGAUUUUGAUAAGUUCCUGAUGGAGCUGCCUUCAUCGUUAGAUGAUAUGCUUCAGAUGAUUGUGGAUUGA